CCACCCAGUAAGGGAAUAGUUGAUAGUUGCCAUGUUUUCUACCUUUAUUUUCAGAAAGACUAAAAUAAACACAGCUUACAUUCUUGGUGAAUAUAAAGUAUUUUCAUGAACAUUUUUCUCGAUGGAAGUUGAAAUUUUCACAAGCAUGUUUGCAAUACCCCGUGUAAGUCAUUUUAAGAAUAAUUCUACACAUGAAUGGUGAUGAGAUUGAAAUGUCUAGCUUGUUUUGACAGUUCACUACUUUGAAUCAGAGUUUGAGUUGAAUUGCCAGUAUUUCUGAAAAUUUGAAAGUCAUUGGAUGGAACAUAAUUUUAUUUAAAUGGCAUCAUUGGCAGUUGGAGUUUUGAGGACCAUCGUCAUUGCAUGUGGGUGAUUUUUAUGGUGUGAAGCCAUAGUACUAAAAAUUGAGAGGUUGGAAACUUCUAAACUGCGCAAGAGAUUCUGGUUCCUACUGUACUGUGGACUAUCCCUGUGCUUUCUGGGUGAGUGCAGUCUUGCAGUGAUAAUAGCCUUGUAUCCGGAUAUUUAAACUGUAAGGGGCUAACGACCUCUCUUUAGCAACGAGGCCAAUGUUAAGAUGGUUUGUACCAAUGUGAGCAUUAAAUUUGUUUCCACUGUCACAGGCACUGGAUGCACAGUGACGGACAAUUUGUAAUUGAAAAGAAUCUAGUGUAUUUGAAGGUGCGUCAGAAAUGUUAGCACCAAACCCCUUGUGAUAAGGGAAAUAGGGUGCAUUGUGAGUAAUGGGUAUACUAAGUUGGCUGAUUGUUGAUGGGCCCUAAAUUCUGAGGCUGAUGCAGAUUAAUCUUAUAACCAAACUCUGCGGGAGGUUACUGGGCCUGCGGAGAGUACACUUACCUGUGUAGCCCCUGUGUAGACCGGGAGUUGGGUUUGGGAGGUCAGGCAGCUGAGUGGGUGAGGAAAGCUGGGACUGCGCCUGCGCUCUGCUGUGCGUCAGUGCGCAUGCGCCUCGGGUUCCCGCUCUUUCCCGCGUUGCUUCCAUUCUUCAGCUACACGAAGUGGCGCUCAGAACUCUCGUACUUGUUUCUGAGAGUCUGUGAGGAUGCUGCGGCCUGAGAUGUCACCACCCUCGCCUUCCGCCUCUGCAUUGGCGGAGGCUCGGUCACAGGGUCCCCGCUGCAACUUAGGACUCCAGGAGACGCCCCAGAGCCGCCCUUCAGCCCAGCCGUCUGGGUCCACGCCUCCAGGCACGUCGGGAGCCGCGGGCGACCGGAGCAGCAGCAGCAGUCUCCCUCAGCACCCGCCAGGCGCCCGGCCCGCUCAAGGUUCAUACUUUAAAAACAAGAGAUCUCAUGCAGAAAACACAUUUGCAUCAAAUUUUACACUUGGGACAAGCUCAUCCUCUGUGCGAGAUAGUAAUUAUCCUCAAAUACUAAAAACUCCAUUGUCUGCUGGAAAUCCUCAGAAAUCAGGUUAUAAAAGUUGGACACCGCAAAUGGGAUAUUCAGCUACAUCCUCAUCUGCAGUUUCUGCGCACUCUCCAUCAGUUAUUGUAGCUGUUGUAGAAGGGAGAGGGUUUGCCAGAGGUGAAAUAGGAAUGGCAAGUAUUGAUUUAAAAAGCCCACAAAUUAUAUUGUCUCAGUUUGCAGACAACACAACAUAUGCCAAGGUGAUCACAAAACUCAAAAUUUUGUCACCUUUGGAAAUAAUAAUGUCAAAUACUGCUUGUGUUGUGGGGAAUUCAACAAAGUUGUUUACUCUGAUCACAGAAAAUUUCAAGAAUGUUAAUUUCACUACUAUCCAAAGGAAAUACUUCAAUGAAACAAAAGGAUUAGAGUACAUUGAACAGUUAUGUAUAGCAGAAUUCAGUACUGUCCUAAUGGAGGUUCAGUCCAAGUAUUACUGCCUUGCAGCCGUUGCAGCUUUAUUAAAAUAUGUUGAAUUUAUUCAAAAUUCAGUUUAUGCACCAAAAUCACUGAAGAUUUGUUUCCAGGGUAGUGAACAGACAGCCAUGAUAGAUUCAUCAUCAGCCCAAAACCUUGAAUUACUAAUUAAUAAUCAAGACAGUAGGAGUAAUCACACACUCUUUGGUGUUCUAAAUUAUACUAAGACUCCUGGAGGAAGUAGAAGACUUCGUUCUAAUAUAUUAGAACCUCUAGUUGAUGUUGAAACCAUUAACAUGAGAUUAGAUUGUGUUCAAGAACUGCUUCAAGAUGAAGAACUCUUUUUUGGACUUCAGUCAGUUAUAGCAAGAUUUCUUGAUACAGAGCAGCUUCUUUCUGUUUUAGUCCAAAUUCCAAAGCAAGACACGGUUAAUGCAGCUGAAUCAAAGAUAACAAAUUUAAUAUACCUAAAACACACCUUGGAACUUGUGGAUCCCUUAAAGAUUGCUCUGAAGAACUGUAACACACCUUUAUUAAGAGCUUACUGUGGUUCCUUGGAAGAUAAGAGGUUUGGAAUUAUACUUGACAAGAUUAAAACAGUAAUUAAUGAUGAUGCGAGGUACAUGAAAGGAUGCCUGAACAUGAGGACUCAGAAGUGCUAUGCAGUGAGGUCUAACAUAAAUGAAUUUCUUGACAUAGCUAGAAGAACAUAUACGGAGAUUGUAGAUGACAUUGCAGGAAUGAUAUCACAGCUUGCAGAAAAAUACAGUCUUCCUUUGAGGACAAGUUUUAGCUCAGCGCGAGGGUUUUUCAUCCAGAUGACUACAGAUUGUACAGCCCUACCCAAUGAUCAACUUCCUUCAGAGUUUAUUAAGAUAUCUAAAGUGAAAAAUUCUUACAGCUUUACAUCAGCAGAUUUAAUUAAAAUGAAUGAAAGAUGCCAAGAGUCUUUGAGAGAAAUUUAUCACAUGACUUAUAUGAUAGUAUGCAAACUGCUUAGUGAGAUUUAUGAACAUAUUCAUUGCUUAUAUAAACUAUCUGACACUGUGUCAAUGCUGGAUAUGCUGCUGUCAUUUGCUCAUGCCUGCACUCUUUCUGACUAUGUUCGGCCAGAGUUCACUGAUACUUUAGCAAUCAAACAGGGAUGGCAUCCCAUUCUUGAAAAAAUAUCCGUGGAAAAACCUGUUGCCAACAAUACCUAUAUUACAGAAGGGAGUAAUUUUUUAAUCAUAACUGGACCAAAUAUGAGUGGGAAAUCCACAUAUUUGAAACAGAUUGCCCUUUGUCAGAUUAUGGCCCAGAUUGGAUCAUAUGUUCCAGCAGAAUAUUCUUCCUUUAGAAUUACUGAACAGAUUUUUACAAGAAUCAGCACUGAUGAUGAUAUUGAAACAAAUUCAUCAACAUUUAUGAAGGAAAUGAAAGAGAUAGCAUAUAUUCUACAUAAUGCUAAUGACAAAUCACUUAUAUUAAUUGAUGAACUUGGCAGAGGUACUAAUACAGAAGAAGGUAUUGGCAUUUGUUACGCUGUUUGUGAAUAUCUGCUGAGAUUAAAGGCAUUUACACUGUUUGCUACACAUUUCCUGGAAUUAUGCCAUAUAGAUGUUCUGUAUCCCAAUGUAGAAAACAUGUAUUUUGAAGUUCAACAUGUAAAGAACACCUCAAGAAAUAAAGAAGCAAUCUUGUAUACCUACAAACUUUCUAAGGGACUCACAGAAGAAAAAAAUUAUGGAUUAAAAGCUGCAGAGGUAUCAUCACUCCCACCAUCAAUUGUUUUGGAUGCCAAAGAAAUCACAACUCAAAUUACUAGACAAAUUUUGCAAAACCAAAGGAGUACCCCUGAGAUGGAAAGACAGAGAGCUGUGUACCAUCUAGCUACUAGGCUUGUUCAAGCUGCUCGAAACUCUCAGUUGGAUCCAGACAGUUUACGAACAUAUUUAAGUAACCUCAAAAAGAAGUAUGAAGCAGAUUUUCCCAGGUCUGAACAAGUUUCAGGGGAGACUGAAGAAUAAUAGCAAAUCACAUCUUGUACUAAUUAAAUAAUACGUCUUAAUAUGAGAAACCUAGAAUUCAUUUUUCCCAAGAGCAAAAGAAAAUGAUAUUUGCUAAGUUUUAUAUUUUAAUUGAAAAUUAUAUUAACCUCAGAAUUAUCAUCUAUAUAUUCUGUAUAAGAAAAUACUUGUUAUAUAACUUGAGAUGAGAACUUUUUAAAGGGAUGAUUUUUCUGUUAGAAAAAAAUCAGUCUAAUGCACUUUUUUCUGAUUUAUGACACUUCAUGUUAUUACAUCUUAAGUUUAUUUGUAUAUACAAGUUAUGGUUUCAAAUGUUAUUGUAAAUACUUCAGCUAAAAGAAGCCCUUCUUUUUAGAUCAGAAGACUUAUGUGAAGUUUCCUUUUACCCUCUUACAAUGAAGUGAUGUUUUUUAUACUAUUAUUAUGACCUAAUGAUUUCUUAAUUAGUACCCCCAAAUUCCAACACUGAAUGCUGCUGAAGUUUGUUAGAAUGAUAUUGAGAAUUUUAAAGUAUUCUUUUGGCAUUCAGUGUAGUUCUAAAGGGUGAAAUUCAGCAAAUAGUUAUUUUGUAAUACAGAGAGGGGUAGUUACCAAGUGGCCUGGUGUUCCAUUUUCUACUCACCAACCUCUUCUCUUUUCCCUUUUCCAAAUUUUCAUUUUUGACCAUCUUUUUUAGGUGAGUAACAAAGGCAGCAGGAAGGUAGUAUUUAUUUGUUUAACCUCAAUUGUUGGUUCACAAGGGAGCAUUUUAUAGAACUGUUUUCCCAUAGGCAUGUGGCUCACAUCACCAUUUAGAAUUAACCCAAAGGUUUUCUGGUUUUAUAAAUAGGCAAAAGAAAAUGGAAGAUCAUCAGUUGUUCAGUAACUGCAAAGAGUUGUUGUCUUCUCAAACCCUUUAUUUCUGCAGUUCUAUCUCAGUAGAUGACUUAGUCACAUAAUCUUAGCCCAAAGACCUAAGACAGAGAAAUUAUUAUUGGAAACUAAGUUUGUGGAACUCAGAGAAUACAUUCAGUAAGCUACAGGAGUCAUAGAAAUUUGAAAAAAAAACUGUUCAGGGACUGGUUAGGGCCAUAUUUUUGUUAAUGUAUGCAUAUUUUAUCUUACAAAAUUCAGUUUUAAUAUUUUGACUUUAUUUAACUCUUUCUCAGCAUUCUAAGUACAUAUUAGUAGCUAGAUAUAUUGAAAAAUGUAUCCUUUGAAUGAUACACAUACUUUUUUUGAAAAGUAAAUGUAAAGUAGUGCUAUUAAUUACAUUAGCUAUAUAUUAAAUGUCCUGUUGGACUACAUAUUCCCUAUUGUCAUGCUUUGUAAAUAGAGCACAACGGUAUUUGAAUUUAACCAUUAGCUACAUUUUAAUUCACAGCCUUUGAAAUGAAUUACAUUUUAUGAGGUCAUUCCUAAAAGCAGAUAUUUUAGGCUUGUGCAAAUUUCUAAAAGGCACUGUGGAAGGAAAGGGAUGGCAGAUUGUUUGGGAGGGCAGGGAGGAAGCAAUAGAAGGUGGAAGGAGAGCAGGGCCAUGGAAGAAAAGCAGGCAAGCAGAGACAGGCAUGAAGUAUUAAAUAUGCUGAAUGUCAUUUCCUCAAAUGUAUUAACUUCCCUUUACAUUUAACUCCAAUAUUAAAUUCCACCAGAUUUUCAAGAAAGUCUUCAUCAUUUAGAGCUUUUGAUGCAAAAACUGCAGCCAAUAGAUUAAUCCCUUUUAUUUUAGAUUUGGAAUACUGAAAUAGAAAUGGGUUUAUAUCUUCUUAAAAUUUAAUUACUCUUUCUUCAAUCAUUUUGUGUGUAGCAGAAACAUAUGAAAAGCAAAUCAAAUGAAGAUAUAAUUGUUAAGUCAUGGUACUAUAGGAUAGAGGUGAAUACUAGUGCGACAAUCCAUUCUUCAAUUUUCAGGUCUAUUUGCUCUACUCUUCAGUACCUCUUUGCCUUUGCCUUUCUCUGAAAUUAUAGAUCAUUAUCUCAUAAUCCAGCCUUUUAAGAUAAAUGUCCAUAAUGUUUUUGCAAACUCCUUGAAUUUGUACGUCAAAGCCAUUCUUUUAGUCUGUUCCACUUUUCUCCACAUAAAGUAAUCAUUUUUCGAGUCUAAAAGUAAGGUAUAUGGGAGUAGAGGAAAAAGCUUAUCCUUAUUCCUAGGAAGUAAUACAUUUGUUUAUUUAAUUUACAUACAAUAAAAUUAACUUUUUUGGUGUACAGUUUUUAUGAAUUUUAGCACGUUUAUGGAUUCAUGGAACCACUACCAUAAACAAAAGAUACAAGACAAUUCUAUCAUUGCCAAAUGAUUCCCUUAGUACUGUCCUUUUGUAGCCAGAUUCUCUGCCCCCUAACUUUAACCCAGCAAUCACUGAGGAUGGUUAAGCAUUCCUUUCCUGUAGUUUUGUUUUUCUCCAAUCAUAUAGCAUAUAACCUUUUGAGACCGGCUUCUUUUACUGAGCAUAAUGCAUUUUAGAAUUUAUCCAUGUUCUUGGGGCCUUUUUGUUGCUGACUAGUAUUCCGUUGUUUGUAUGUAGCACAGUUUAUCAGUUCACUCACUGAAGGAUAUUUGGGUUUCUAGUUUUUGGUGAUUAUGAAUAAAGCUGUUACAAAUAUUUGUGUACAGA